AUGACAUUUCUAGCUCUAGAAGGUCUACAUAUCUUCGUCACCGGGGCUGCAGCACAAGGCUGCAAUGUCACCGCCCACGACCUAAAACUCAAUCCCGUCUCCACAUCAUCCAAAAAUCUGCUAAAACUGCAAGGCGACAUCUCAGAAGAACCCUCAAUCGCAUCCUCAAUCUCCGAAGCAGUCCUGCACUUCGGGCCCAUCAAUAUCCUCUGUGCCAAUGCAGGUAUCACAGACGAAAGUAAUUCGUACAAUGUGUGGGAUAUGCCGCUGUCUCUAUGGGAGAAGACCUACGCUACCAACGUCCGCGGGACUUUUCUCACUAUUAAGCAUUUCCUGAAACCUGUGGAGACUUGUCAGACGACAUCGGGGACUGAACUUCCCAAUGUUGCGGUGGUUGUGACGGGGAGUGAGACGGGAGUGUUCGGUCAAGCGGGCCAUGCGGAGUAUGCAUCUGGGAAAGCGGGACUUCAGUAUGGAUUGGCGAAGAGUGUGAAAAAUGAGAUUGUAAGACUUAAUUCGAAGGCUAGGAUUAAUGCCGUGGCGCCCGGGUGGGUUGAUACGAAACUCAUUGAAGGGAGACUAGAUGACCCAAAGGAGAUGUAUCGAGAGGCACAGGCCACUGUCCCAUUGAGAAAAAUAGCCAAACCUGAGGAUGUUGCGAGAGCAGCUGCAUUUCUAGCGAGCCAUCGAGCUGCAGGUCAUAUCUCCGGACAGUGUAUUUCUGUCGAUGGAGGGAUGGAAGGGAGGAUCGUGUGGAGUGAGGAGCAGAUUGCGAAGAGUGCAACUACCGAUCUUACCAAAAGGGAGGAAACAUCGAAGCUCACAGCACCUAGCAUCGGCUUAUCCUUGACCGCACAUGCCAAAUCAUUACCUAAGAUAAAAGUCCUCAUAUCAGUGGAUUUUGACGCAGUAUCAGGCUGGUUGGGAACAGGAAGCCAUCCAGACAACAACCUCGCAGACUUCAGCUCUGGUUUCUUCUCUGCGCAUGUCGGUGUGCCUCGGCUGCUGAAGCUGUUCAAGAUACUUGGGAUACAAGAGAAAGUGACCUGGUUUGUACCCAUGCAUUCUGCAGAGAGUUUCCCAGAGGAAUUCAAGAGUAUAAUGGACAGUGGAUGUGAGAUUGGACUCCAUGGUUACUGUCAUGAGGGCGCACCGCAACUCACCCCGACUCAAGAACGGCAAGUCCUCCAGCACUGCAUUCAACUAUGUACAUCCAUAACAGGCAAGAAACCCCGCGGAUACCGAGCUCCUCUCUACCAACUUCGUGAAUCUACAAUCGCCCUCCUCGAGGAACACGACUUCCUCUACGACUCCUCACUUUCCCACCACGACUCGAAGCCGUACUAUCUCCCUAACCUACCACCAAUCCAGCUUCCCAAGUACGAACCUUCAGUUUCAGCAAAAGAUUGGAUGAAGCCUCUUCCUCAACCCUCUCCUCCCACUUCAAGGACAUUGGUCGAGAUCCCAGGGAACUGGUAUGCAGAAGAUAUGACACCGCUACAAUAUUGGCCACAUACGCCGAAUAGUCAAGGAUAUGUAGAUGUGCGGGUUAUUGAGCAAAUGUGGAAAGAUAAGUUUGAAUGGAUUAGAGGAGAGAUGAACGAAAUGCAGGAGAAGGAUCUCAUGGUCUUUCCGUUAGUGUUGCAUCCGGACACGAGCGGAAUGGCUCAUGUCAUAGGGAUGGUGCAACGAGUAUUGGGGUGGUUGAAGGGAUUCGGGUCCGACGUAGAAUUUUGUACAUUUGAGAGUGCGGCGGAAGAUUGGAGAGGGAAGAACCCGGUUUGAGAAGUCGUG